CCUCCCGCGCCCCCCCCCGGCCAUGGGCAACACGGCGAGCGAGCGCGGGUCCGGGGAGCGUCCGGGGAGCAAGGCGCCCCGCUCGGAGGGGUCCGGGGUGGCUCCGCCGGCCAAGGAGCCCCCUCCCCACAAGAUCAUGGUGGGCAGCAGCGACGACCCCGCCCUCUUCAGCGCCCCCGACGCCAAGCUUCCCGGGGAUAAAGGUUUUGUGUCUUGGCACCAUGACUUGGACGAACCCAUCAAGCCAGCCCAGCAGGCUCGUCCCACCGUCAUACGAUGGACGGAGGGAGGGAAGGAAGUCUUCAUCUCUGGAUCCUUCAACAAUUGGAGUGCCAAGAUCCCUCUCAUUAAAAGCCACAAUGACUUUGUCGCUAUUCUGGACCUUCCUGAAGGGGAGCACCAGUACAAGUUCUUUGUGGAUGGCCAGUGGGUUCAUGAUCCCUCUGAGCCAGUGGUCACCAGUCAGAUGGGGACAAUUAACAAUCUGAUUCAUGUCAGGAAGUCUGACUUCGAAGUGUUUGAUGCUUUAAAGGUGGACUCCCUAGAAAGUUCAGAUACUUCCUGUCGAGACCUUUCCGGCUCCCCUCCUGGAAUAUAUGGCCAAGAAAUGUAUGUUUAUCGACCUGAGGAGCGUUUCAAGUCCCCGCCCAUUCUUCCUCCCCAUCUCCUUCAAGUCAUCCUGAACAAGGAUACUAACAUUUCAUGUGACCCAGCCCUCUUGCCUGAGCCAAACCAUGUGAUGCUGAACCAUCUGUAUGCCCUGUCAAUUAAGGAUGGUGUCAUGGUGCUCAGUGCCACCCAUCGCUACAAGAAGAAAUACGUCACUACCCUCCUCUACAAGCCCAUCUGAGUUGGGUCUGUCCUUGUCUCCAUGGGAGCACAGGCCGCUGCUUUGUCUGCGCACAUCGGAAUAGAAGUGGACACAAGAGCAGGCAGCCGGCUUCUGGGCUCUUUAUCAGAGGCUACUGCUCUGCAUGAGAUCAGUCUCUAUUGGCUUUGCAGGCUGAUCAAGAGCUUUCUUUCUUGAUGGCUGUUUGUGACAUACAAGUUGCACCUCUUUGUAGCACAAGGAUAUUACCAAAUUUGGGGAAUGCAUUAUCUUCUAUAGACUUAUCAACCAUGGGGGUGAAAUAGCUUCCUCCUGGGGAAUGUGAAGAAGCACUGAACUGAAGCUAAACUAUCCUGGACAGCCUUUUGUAAUCCCCAAAGAGUUUUCUAGGAGUAGAACAGUGUCAAGGUAGAGAUCGGCUGCUCCUUAUUUUACCUGGCCCUGGGAGAAUUAUACAUUUCCUGCUCCCUUCACAUUACAGUCAUUGUUGUUUAACAUAGGGCCUUUGCCAAGGCAUGCUACAAUGGGGGGACCGGGACCCAGAGGAUAGGUCUAGCUAGCACAUGGUUACAAAUCAUGAUGAAUAGAUAGAACCUCCACACUUACAAGGAGUGAGCUACUGAAUCUCCAUUCCCAUCAAGUGUUGCCUGUCGGUUUCCUGGCAGCAUCUUGUUGACCAUGGUAGGAAGAAGUGUGUUGGACUACACAGACCUCUGGUCUAAUGGGGCAGGGCAGUUCUUACAUGCUGAACACCUACCACUGCAGGCCUUUCACAGCUAUAUCCAAUAUUGCAGAGUUGCUUCUGUGUGGCGCCAUCUUAAACCAUAAGGUGCGUGUCCUUUCCUGUGGAGUCACACUGUUCUGGAGCAGUACUUUCAGUGUUAGACACUCCUGUGAAGGGCCUUUGAGUCACUCCUCAUCGGAAUGUUUUUAUCAUCCAAGAAAAGAAUCUGCUGUGGUCUGCAGACAUAUGCAAACAAAUACUGUGCAGCAGGAAGUAGCUGCAGUGCUAGGUGUGGAAGGUAAUUGACACUGGAAAUGUGGAGCUGCCUUGCAGUCUCACACCAAAGGUCCAUUUUGCCCAGCCAGCUGGAAGCUAAUGAAGAGAGCAGGUUUAUGAAGA